AUGGUUGUCUGGGCGGUGUUUGGGAAGAGAUUUCUUUGUGGAGGGAUUGAUACGAACCUGAGCGACAAGAAGUCGGUGAUCAGUGUUGGCAGGGGCUUCAGCACCGCGAAUAACCCGGUAGGACUUCAGGCAGCUCCAAUCAUUGACAAGUAUGUGGUCAAGCUCUUUGGCUGUUUGACCGUCAUUCGAUAUCUAGGCAACCUCAGUGAGAGCACACACGACAAUGAAGAUGCUAGCCCCAUGCUGGUGCUUGAGUCUGACAGCCAGCAGACACUACCAAUCAAGGUCAAAGAGCCCCGCCUACCCGGAGCAUCUGGAUAUAGCGCCAGGAACUCGCUGACGCCCUCUCCUAUUCUGUGGAGACAUCAAGCAAUGUGGAAGUCCUUUAUGGAUUUUGUGGUGCAAGUACCAGCAGGACAACCCCAAAACAAGGUGGAAGGAAUCACGCUACCCCCGAAAGCUACUGAUGCAGUCAAGACUUUGAAGCACUGGGAUGUCAGAGAAGAUGAUGUGUGGUUGGUGACUUACCCCAAAGCAGGUACAACCUGGGCCCAGGAGAUUAUGUCCUGCGUGAUGUAUGACGGGAACAUCGAAGAGGUCAACAAGAAACACGGGGCAUUCCGAGUCCUGUUCCCGGAUAUGGACAUUCCAGAGUUUAUUAGGAAAACAAAAAAUCUGCCAGCUUGUUAUGAAAUCGCCAAGGAGAUGCCUUCCCCACGGGUCAUCAAAACCCACAUGCCCGGCCAGCUGCUGCCUCCUCAGAUCUGGGAGAGGCGCCCCAAGAUUGUCUACAUCAUGCGCAAUCCUAAGGAUUUGACAGUGUCCUAUUUCUACUUCUUGAAGUUGGCCAACCCGUCACCAGACUUGCUGAAUGAAACUUUUGAGGAAUUCCUGAAUAAAACGCUAACAGGAGACGUUUUUUACGGACCGUGGUGGAACCACUAUUUGUACUUCUGGAGGAAACGCAACGACCCAAACAUUCUUGUGCUGAAGUAUGAAGACAUGAAGCAGGAUCUGAGAGGUAACGUGGAAAAAAUCAGUAAGUUCUUGGGCAAGAAUCUAUCAGCCGAGACACUGGAUACCAUAACAGAACACUGCAGUUUCGCAAAAAUGAAAAAUAACCCCAUGGCCAGCCUGGAUAGUAUUCUCCGUCAUGAUAAGUCCCAAGGCGUCUUCAUGAGGAAAGGUGCGAUUGGGAAUUGGAAGACCCACUUCACUGUGGCUCAAAAUGAGGCGAUGGACGCCCACAUUGAGGAGAAACUACAUGGUACUGGGCUCACCUUUAACUACAAUUAG